CUGGAAAGUGAUUCCGCCCUGCACCCCCGCAACACGCACCGUGCUUAGUUUCCUUUUCCGGGCCCCGGAGAGGUGGGGCCAAGGUGGGAGCAUGAGGUUGUCGUUAGCUGUCGCUAUCUCCCACGGCCGCGUCUACCGCCGCCUGGGCCUCGGUCCCGAGUCCCGGAUCCACCUUCUACGGAACUUGCUCACAGGCCUAGUUCGCCACGAACGCAUCGAGGCGACAUGGGCACGCGUGGACGAGAUGAGGGGCUACGCGGAGAAGCUCAUCGACUAUGGAAAGCUGGGAGACACCAACGAACGAGCCAUGCGUAUGGCUGACUUCUGGCUCACUGAGAAGGACUUGAUCCCAAAGCUGUUUAAAGUGCUAGCGCCUCGGUUCCAAGGUCAGAAUGGCAACUACACAAGAAUGCUACGGAUCCCGAAUCGAAAGGAACAAGAUCGGGCCAAGAUGGCAGUGAUAGAAUAUAAGGGGAACUGCCUCCCUCCCCUGCCUCUGCCUCACAGAGAUAGCAACCUUACUCUCCUAAACCAGCUACUCCUGGGACUGCAGCAGGACCUGCACCAUAACCAGAAAGCAAGCCUCCACAGCUCCCAUACAGUUCAAACACCAAAGACUUGACUGGAGCUGGAGAGUGCAUAGGUGUGGUACCUGUGUUGAUAGGUCUUGGAGCUCUUGUAGUGUGUGAGACCUUGAAGUAGCAUUGUGGAGCCCCCUCAUAAUGAGGCCCAGACCUCCCUGCUGACUAGACUUGAUCCUCUUUGCACAGUAGAUAAAAUCCUUGAUAUGAAUAUAAGACACUGACUUUCUUUUCCUUCCCUAGGAUUUCUGGAACGUAAGGGGCAUGCAGAUGCUCAGCCUCCUAAGACAGUAAAUCCACUGCUUUACCUUUCUGAAUCUUAGGUCCAGUUUUGCUUUGCUUUUUGGUGGGGAGAGGGUCUUGCUGUGUAAUCCAGGUUGCGUCUACCAUGCAGCAGUCCUCCUGUCCCUUUUGCCCAAGUGCUGGGCUUGAAGGUGUUCACCACCACACAGUGCCAGUUUGCUUAUGUUUUGUUUUUAUUUUUCUGAGACAGAACUCUCUUUGUAGACCAUGCUGGACUUGAACUAAGAGAUCCGCAUGCAUUUGCCUCCUGAGUACUGGGAUUAAAGGCAUGGGACACCACUUCCUGGCUCAGUUUGCUUAUUUUAACACUUACUUAGAUGGGCCCUGUAUUGAUUGAUUCCAAAUUAUCUUCCUAUGGUGCUUGUGGUCCAGCCUAGAGACUCACCAUAGGGAUUUCUUUUUUGUUUGUUUUUUAUAAGUUACACAUGAGAAUCUAUUUACCAAUCCUCAUGGGUUUCAUCUUGGCAUUUUCAUAUAUGUCUGUCUACCAGUGUCUUUUGAUCAUGUUCACCACCACACACACGCACCCCAUUGUCCUGUCUAUUUCAUUUAGCCCCCCUUCCACUUCAUGUCUUUUUGUGAGUGUGAUUGUAUCCUGGUGAGUUUCAUUAGUCCUACUUACAGGAGCGUGUGUGUCUUAUCAAUGGCUAUACCCUCCCUUAGCAACCGUUAACUAUCAAUCCACAAGGGAGGGUGUGGCCACCUGCACUUCUAACCCCCUGACAAGAUUUUGACAGGCUACUGUGAGAGCAAGCAUUCAGUCCCAAGAGAUUGCUUCCUGAUAACUAGCUAUGUGAACCUCUGUACAGGAAUCUUCAAAUAACGAAGUACUCCUAAAAAUGAGAAUUGUUUCUAGGCAAGGUCA